UACAGCGUUUGGAACGAAUCCAUAUCUCCAGCAAGGUGCGACACUGCAACUGCCAAGUGCAUGAACAAAAUGGAUUCGACUCCGUGGAAAAGCAUUCCGGAGACUUUCGCCGGGGUGGAUGUGUUCAUAACCGGUGGAUCGGGAUUCAUGGGGAAGGUUUUGAUCGAGAAACUGUUACGGUCGUGUCCGAAGGUUCGAAACGUGUUUGUGCUGUUGCGGCCUCGUAAGGGUAAACUAGCCAAGGAACGGGUGACCGAUCUUGUGCAAGUUCCAUUAUUCGACAAGCUACGUGAAGAGAGCCCGGAACAGUUUAAAAAAAUUGUGCCAAUAAAUGGAGACUGCUCGCAACUGAAACUGGGACUAGAAGAAAACGAUAUCAAGCGAAUGGCAGAUGUUCAGUUCAUUUUCCAUGCAGCAGCAAGUGUACGUUUCGAUGACCCAUUAGACAAGGCCUUACUGCUGAAUACACGUGGAACGCACGAAGUCUUGCGGUGGGCCAAAACUUUGUUGAAUCUGAAAGCAAUUGUGUACAUUUCUACCACAUACUCCAAUCCAGAAAUAUAUUAUGUGGAAGAAAAAAUAUACCCAGCUAAGAUCGAUUGGCGGAAGGCUAUUGAAAUUGCGGAAACAGUUGAUCCAGAUAUCCUAAAUGCGUUAACUGAAAAGUUAUCAGGUUUUGCCCCAAAUACGUACACCUUCACCAAAGGUCUGGCUGAACAGAUUUGCUAUGACCUCCGCCAAGAACUACCAUUGAUAGUUUUUCGACCAUCAAUAGUGAUAAAUACCGAAACGGAACCCAUACCCGGCUGGAUCGAGAAUUACAAUGGCCCAGCCGGUCUUAUGUCAGCACAAACCACUGGCAUACUUCGCACCGGAUUUCUCAGCAUGGAUUGUCACAUGAAUUGCAUACCGGCGGAUGUCAGCAUAAAAGCCAUUAUUAUAGCUGCGUGGAAGAAAUCUCAUAGUCCUAAUGGUGAACUGGCCAUCUAUAACAGCGCAGCCGAACCCACAAAGGCUAUAAGCUUUAGGUUCCUACAUGAAAUAGCCGAUUACCUCUAUCAUCGUAUUCCCAUGCUAAGGAUGUUUUGGUCACCCUCGAUUGUAUCUACGACGAACCAUAUGUAUUUUUACCUAGUGUUUCUUCUGUAUCAGGUCAUCCCGGCAUUGUUUGGCGAUGCUAUUCUAAGAGUAUCCAAAACUAAACCUUUUCUCCUGAAAGUGAUGCGAUCGAUGUUCCACGCCCAAAAUUCGCUGAAAUAUUUUGUCACGCAUGAUUGGGUAUUCGAAACGGACAACUUUCGUAACCUAUCCAAGAAUCUUUGCCAGUUGGAUAAAAUCCAGUUCGACAUAUCUUACAUUACGCAAGGUUUGCUCGAGUACUGCUGUCUGUGCACUUUGGGUGGCCGGCGGUACCUGUUUAAAGAAACAGACGACUCCAUCAUACUUGCUUUCAGAAAAUUGAAACGAUUCAAGAUGGCGGAUAAGCUGCUGAAACUGGCUUUGUUUGUUGGCUUUGCCUACGGGCUACGAAGCUAUCUACCAACGAACUUGAUGGAAUACGAACAAACCGGUUGAAUGUGAUCUGGAUCUUUGUUUUUGCUAAGGAAGUUCUAUGUUACCUACAAAGAUAUAAUUAUUGACAUUAAUGAAAUAAAUUUGACUGUAACUGAAAACAGAUCCGCAGUAAUGGGUUAUCGCUGUUAGCUAUUCUCCGUAGCUUGUUAAAUCUUGUUGAAAUUUUAUAAUUUGCUUCUCAUGUUUACAUUUUACUGCUAGGUAGCCGAAACACUCGCGGCUUGGUCGAGGUUAAGGAGUACAACAAAUGGGAUAGAGCCUGGGGGUUAUGUCUCGUCCUUAGGUAGCGUUGAUACUGUCUUCUCAUGAUGAUUGACGUAGCGCAGACAGAAGACAAACUGUAAUAACUAAUGAUACAAGCAACACGUUUUUACCGAGCGAAAUGGGUGAGAACAAGGCGGGCAUGUGUUUUUGAAAGGGAGAAGAAGGAAUUAAACAAUGACGGUGAUGU